AUGCAGGAUGCUAACAGUUCAUCCAAGGCUUUUGUUAUUAAUUUUUUUCUUCUAUUGCAGGAGAGAUCAACAAUGAAAUACUGCAACAUUCUCAUAAUUGCUGUGGUGAUCCUUACAAUGUACAAUCCCACCAAAUCGUUGCCGUCUACUGGUGAACCAAGGAACGUUCUAGUCGACAAUCAAGACGCCAUCGUCAAAGGACUCAAAGCGGGCAAUGCCGUUGCAGAAUUUCUCAAAGAAGGAGACUUCGGUAAGUCGCUUCAAAGUAUCGCAAAAAGUCUAGGUCCCUUCCUUGGUGCCCUAGGGCCCUUGGCGAGCCUCGCUUUUUCCUUCAUCCCAACAGAAGAUUCUGCAGAAUUAAUAUUCAUGAGGGAAGAAUUUGGUAAAGUUAAUACCAAAUUGGAUAUUAUCACUUCGGAAUUCGAAGAGGUUAAGAAUGCCAUCGACUGGAAUGCCGUCGUCGUUAGCUAUGGAACCUACGAACGAAAGAUCGAAGCAGCCAACACCAACCUCGGCAGAGUCUACGAGCAUGAAGGCAGCGUCCGUGAGAACGAAAGACAAUAUUUUAUCACCCAAUUUGACAACGACUUCAGCAACAGCCUUCAAAAGCUCUACGACGCAAUCAUGAACGAGGAUCACGUCUUUUCGACGAAUAUCUUAGAUGCCGUCCUGACGCAAACAAAAAGACACAAAAGAAACUUCGAACAAUUCUCUUUGGGUCUUGUGCGUCUUCUCGUUCAAGGAAUCAAGGCAAAAAUUUCCUACUAUGGCCUGAAAAACCAUUCAAGCCAACACUUAGUCGACGAGUGGGACAUUAAAAUGGUGGCUCUGAAGAACAGAUUACAAGAAGUAAGCGACGAGAUUAAGACUACAUAUCUUACCCAACUGAGAACCGAUGCAGAAGACAUCAUCCGGCGUUCGACAGAUAUAGGGAAUAACGAUUUGAUGCUAAAGGUGUAUAAUUUUGUCAACGAAAAAUAUGACUGGCGGUAUUUCUUUGUAGCAGUCUACGACAACUUGGAAGGUGACGACAAUCAUUUUGUAUCUGUUUGUGGCGGUCAUACAUUUUUUGAUUUCGAAAACAAGAACGUGGUCAUCGCGAGUCAAGACAAGUCGUUGAAAGAUGAGAAUCAUGAAAACCCUGAAAAAGAGACCCUGAUGGAUUCUGUUCUCCGCGACGCCAGAAGCUGCCGAGCUGGAUUAAAAGAAAAUAAUCUGAUACGUUCAAAGGCUCUUGUGUUAAACGCCCGAGGAAAGGCGGAGUCCGAGUGUUCACCAAAUCAGUUGUACCUAGCCAUGAAAAUUCACGAUGGAUUCUAUUCUCGCAAUCCAAAUGGCCACCGAGCUUUGCGAAGAUUUACUGAUCACAUCGAAUGCGACUGUUAUUAUGGAUUUAACAGAUUUAGGCCAAGUGGAUGCACAGACAUAUAUUGGAAACAUUGGUUAAUGGUUUUCGGAUGA